AUGGAUUUGCAGCUUAAUCGUACGAAUGGGUCACCACAUCAAGAAUUAAGCUAUGCUCAAAAUUCAGCAAUCCAGGCAAACUCGAUAUCGAAGACGCUUCAUAUAACUAAGGAUGCUUUGGAAGGAUUGUACUCAACCAUGAAACCCAAAUGUGUAACAAUAGCAGAACUUGGAUGUGCAUAUGGCCCAAAUACGUUGAUGAUAGUUCCAGAAUUGAUAAGAGUUACAAUUGAGAAAUUCAAAGAGAAAGAAGUUCCAAAAAUGCAUGUACCAGAUGAUUUGUUCGAUAAAGAUGGGGCUUCGCUACUGAAGGGUUACAUGUACAUUGUAGAGACUAGCCCUCCCGAAGCUUGCAUAGCAUAUCAAAAACAGUUUGCGACGGACUUUACUGCAUUUUUGAAGUGUCCUGGAGAAGAGGUAAUUGAAGGAGGUAGGAUGAUUAUCAACAUAAUGCUUACUUCUGAGACUCACGGACCACAUCAAUUUUGGAUUAUCAAACUGAUGAAUAUGGUCAUACAUGAUAUGCUUAAAGAGGGCUUGGUUGAUGAGGAAAAAGCCAACAAUUUUAACAUGCCCUUUUACCCCCCUACCGUGGAUGAAGUAAACAAGUUGGUCGUGGAUCAAGGAUCCUUUUUCAUUGACAAGCAUGAAACCUUUAGUGUAUUAUGGGAUGUACCUAUGUUGGAGUUGAGAGACGGUAUUGAUGAGCUUAAAAGAGCAAGGUUUGUGGCAGGGCCAGCCAUAGCAGUUGCUGAGUACAUGAUAUCAGAAAAUUUUGGUGAAGGAGUUGCUAAAGAGUUUUUCCGGCGCUUUAUUGAACUUGUACGCAAAUUCUUGUCCGCUGGCGAUAAGUUUUACACUUUCCAUCAAGUCGUUUCUUUGAUUAGAAAGUAA